CCCCGGGCCCCCAUUCAUAUAUCUGUCUCCCCGGACCCUGCAUUCACUAUAUCCGCUCUCCCGGACCCCGCAUUCACUAUAUUCGCUCUCCCCGACCCUGCUUCCCUAUAUCCCUCUCCCUGGACCCCAAAUUCACUGUAUCAGCUCCUCCCCGACCCCGCUUCACUAUAUCCCGCUCUCUCUGGACCCUGCAUUCACUGUAUCUGCUCUCCCCAGACCCCGCAUUCACUAAUCUGCUGCUCCCUGUACCCAGCAUCUCACUAUACCGCUCAUCCCCGGACCCCGCAUUCCAUUAUAUACGCUCUCCCGGACCCCGCAUUCCACUAUACUCCGCUUCUAACCCGGACCGGCCAUUCACUUAUCGCUCUCCCCGGACCCCGAUUUCACUUAUAUCCGCUCUCCUCGGAUCCCCCAGCAUUUCACUAUAACUCGCUCUCCCGGACCCCGCAUUCACUAUACCCGCAUCUCUCCCUGGGACCCCGCAUUCACAAUAUCCGCUGCUCCCCUGAACCCCCGCAUUCACUAUAACCCGCUUCC